CGCAGAACGAAGGCAAAUAUGCAAUAAUAACCGACGGUACUGUGCUGUAAUAAAUGAUAGGCAAUAAGUGAUUAUUGUUUCGUUCGAGUGGUCGGAGAGCUGCCGCCACCGGCGGUCGUGCACGUGCGUCGCGUAGUAACACGGGUGGGCAGGUUUACUCGCUCGGUGACCGGCGCUCAGGAUGGACGACUCGCGAUCCAUGGGGUGUUUCGUGGAAAUCGUGACGCUCCUGUAUUCCGUGUCGCUGUCCAUGUCCGCGUUUUUCCAGAACAAUCUGCUUCUGCGGAAAGCGUGCAACUCGUCCGUACCGUUCGGCGAGUGCACUGAAGGCGAGGCUCACGCCCAGCACGUUGUGUCCACCAUUUACUCGUGGAAAGCGUUUAUACAGUAUAGCAUUCCCAUCGUGAUAAUCGUGCUAGCGGGUCCAUGGAGUGACAGUCAUGGGAGACGUCGGAGGCCAUUGAUUUUAACACCACUUGUAGGUCAAGUUUUAACUGAUGGUUUUUGCAUUUUGAAUGUUUAUUUUUGGAACUGGUCUCCACAAAUUGCCGCAAUUUUCGAAGCCAUUACACCAGGGUUAUUUGGUGCCCGAAAUAUGUUCUGGGUAGGUGUGAUAUCUUAUAUAUCAGAUAAUUGUACCAAUGAAUCCAGAACAUUAAAAUUCGGUAUCAUAAAUGCAAUUUACACUAUCAGUACUUUAAUUGGAACAGGACUGGCUGGAUUUUUAAAUGUUGGUCUUGGAUUUUAUGGAGCAUUUUUGGUACCUAUUUCAUUAAAUUUAAUUGCUUUUAUGGUUGGAUUAAUAUUUAUUAAAGAUACUUCUAUACCUUAUGAUAAAAAYGUUGUUUGGUUGAAACCAAAACAUUUUAUGCAAAAUUAUUUGAACGUAUUUAAAGGAAGCAGUAAAAAUUAUUCGAUUACGUUAGCAACAUUACUAUUGUGUCAGGCUGUUUUAGUGGGAAGAAUUGGAGGUGAAUAUGCAGUCACAUAUUUAUUUAUGAGAUUUAAAUUCAAAUGGUAUGAAGUGCAAUACAGUUAUUUUGCUGCUUACAAAAUGUUGACGAUAUUUAUUGGAACAUUGUUUUCUGUAACUGUUUUGAGCCAUCGUCUGAAAAUAAAUGAUGCAAUUAUAGGUUAUAUUGCAUGUACAUUUGAUAUUCUUGCUGCAAUAUGUUACGUGUUUGUCAACGAACCUUGGCAACUAUACAUCAUUCCAUUGGUUGACUUUUUCCAUGGGACCGCACUUACUAUUUCUACUUCGUUGACAUCCAAAAUCGUAGAUAAUGAAAAGCUUGGUCGGAUAAACUCCAUCCAAGGACUAAUGAGCACAUUCAUGUCAUUCAUUUUAGUUUCGUUAUACAGUGCAACAUAUAAUUUAACAUUUGAAUACUUACCUGGUGCUGUGUUUUUGUUAAAUGUUAUCUUAACUUUCCCUUUGUUAUUAAUAUUCAUGAUUCUUUAUUGUAAUUGCAAGCACAUGUGGACAACAAAAAAAUAACACAUCGUUAAUAAAGAUGAUUUAGGUAUAGUUUUUUUAAAAUUAAUUUAAAGACAAGAAAAAACGGAGUACAUCGUAAAACUUGAUAUCAUUAUUGUUCAUACAAAUUAUAUUUUAAUUAGUUAGUUAGUCUUAUAAAGUGUUAUAUGAUGUAUUUGUUAAAUCAGUAUAAAUAAAAAUUUUAUGUUCCAAAAAUGUUAUCUUAGCGGAGAUUUAAACAAUUAUGAUUCAAUACGCGGCUACAAAUAUUUGUGGUCAAAACAACACACCCGUAGUAGAUACAUCACUAAAUCAGGGUGUAGAGUUGGGUCCAAGUUAUCUUCUAUAAAAUAAUAGUAAUCUCACCUAAAAUACCUAAUUAUUUAGUAAAUGAAUAGAAUAACACAUGAUUUUAAUGAUAAGACAUUUAGACUGAAUAUUUGAGUUAAUCAGUCACAAAAGGUUCUACAACUAUACUUAAGAGGACGCCACACCCGCAUGUGUUGUCUCCGUCUUACAAACGUAUAACAUAGCAAAAUCUGUUUAUCGCGGGACAACUGUUCCCCCUCAAUAUUUAUAGUAGAAUUUUCAAAAUUGCACAACGCAUAGGUAAGAACUUUAUCUGUGUCAUA